GAAUCGCGUCAUCGCCUGACACGCACCAAGCCACUCGCAGCGAGCGCGGUCGACACUGGCAGAGCGCUGGACUAUGUUGAUAGAAGUGGCGUGAGGGCUUCCCGAGUCAUCGCGUGGUCGUCAGAGAAGAUCGAGCAUUGACAACGUUUUCCAACCUUGCACAAGUAGCAGCACUGUCCUGCACAGACUGUCUCUGUGGCAUCUUUUCAGGGCAAGGUUCUAGUCCCUGUCUGUGCUGCUGUUGGCUUUUAUCAUUCUUGUGUUGAGGAUAGUGUGUGCCUGGGCAGUGGCAGAGAAAGAUUUACAUAGGUGAAGAUAGUCAUACAACAAUCAAACAAUGUCUGCCAAGGCAGUCAGUGAAGCCAAGGGCAAGGAACUGCUAAACAAAUUUUUAGAGGGUGCAGCUAUGCAAAACAGAGUAGUAACUGUCACCCAGGAUGUCAACUGGAAUCAACUUGUUGCAGACAAUCCCUGGCUCAACGAAAAGAAACUAGUAGUUAAGCCAGAUCAGCUGAUUAAAAGAAGAGGAAAGCUUGGACUCAUCAAGGCUGGAGUUGACCUUCAAGGAGUUAAGGAAUGGCUAGAAAACAAACUGGGCAAAAAUUUCAAGAUUGGAGCUGCUGAAGGAAAACUAAAAAAUUUCAUUAUAGAACCUUUUGUUGAGCACAAACAAGAUGAAGAGUACUAUGUGUGCAUCCACUCACAUCGCUAUGCUGAUACCAUAUUGUUUCAUCAUGAAGGUGGUGUUGACAUUGGAGAUGUGGAUGCUAAGGCAGUGAAGCUUGAUGUACUUGUGGAUACUGAAACCAGUGCUGAAGCCAUUAAAAGCACAUUGCUGGCUAAUGUUCCUGAGAAGGACAGAGAAGUUCUAACUAACUUCAUACUGAAACUGUAUGCAGUUUACAAGGAUCUGUACUUCACAUAUUUGGAGAUAAAUCCUCUAGUGGUCACAGACGGUAAAAUCUACAUACUGGACUUGGCUGCAAAAAUUGACCAAUGUGCUGAGUUCCUUUGCAAAGCCAAAUGGGGUGACAUAGACUUCCCCCCACCUUUUGGACGAGAUGCUUGGCCAGAAGAAGCCUAUAUUGCUGAACUUGAUGCAAAGAGUGGAGCAUCUUUAAAACUGACAGUAUUGAAUAGAGCUGGUCGCAUUUGGACCAUGGUUGCUGGUGGUGGUGCCUCGGUCAUUUAUGCAGACACUAUCUGUGAUCUUGGAGGGGCUUCAGAACUGGCCAACUAUGGCGAGUAUUCAGGAGCACCCAGUGAGCAGCAGACAUAUGAGUAUGCCAAAACAGUGCUGAGCCUCAUGACAGAAGUGCAUGAUUCCAGAGGCAAAAUACUUAUCAUAGGAGGUGGCAUUGCAAACUUCACAAACGUAGCUACCACUUUUAAGGGUAUUGUACGUGCAUUACGGGAGUACCAGUUGAAACUCAUAGAAGGCAAAGUUUCUGUGUAUGUGAGACGUGCUGGACCAAACUAUCAAGAGGGUCUGAGAAUCAUGAGAGAACUUGGAGACAGCCUGGGGGUUCCUAUCCAUGUCUUUGGUCCAGAAACUCACAUGACAGCCAUUGUCAGUAUGGCUUUAGGCAAGAGGAACAUUCCUACAAACCCUCAGCCUCUACCCACAACAGCAAAUUUCUUAUUGCCAGGGUCAACGCAAUCUCCAGUGUCCAGCAGGCGUGGGUCAGCUGAUGCAAACUCCAAAGCUGUGUCCAUUGCUAGUGCAGGACCUCUUUUAGGACAGGCAGCUGGGGAUGGAACAGUGGAGCAGCAGCAGCCUCUUUUCACCAGCAAUACAAAGUCUAUCAUCUGGGGCAUGCAGUCAAAGGCUGUCCAGGGAAUGAUGGAUUUUGACUACGUCUGCUCUCGCAAGGAACCUUCUGUCGUUGCUAUGAUCUACCCAUUUGUGGGAGAUCAUAAACAAAAGUUUUAUUGGGGUCACAAAGAGGUCCUUAUUCCAGUUUACAAAAACAUGGAUGAUUGCAUGAAGAAACACCCAGAUGCUGAUGUGUUGGUCAAUUUUGCCUCUCUACGUUCAGCAUAUGAGAGCACAAUGGAUGCACUCAACUACAAGCAGAUACGAACCAUUGCCAUCAUUGCAGAAGGAAUCCCAGAGAAUCUCACUCGUCACAUGAUUCAUGUUGCACAAGAAAAGGGGGUGACCAUCAUUGGACCUGCUACAGUAGGUGGCGUCAAACCUGGCUGCUUUAAGAUUGGUAACACUGGGGGCAUGCUGGACAAUAUCUUGUCUUCUAAACUUUACAGGCCUGGCAGUGUGGCUUAUGUUUCACGAUCGGGUGGAAUGUCCAAUGAACUGAACAACAUUAUAGCUCUGAAUACUGAUGGUGUCUAUGAAGGUGUGGCCAUUGGCGGUGACAGGUACCCCGGCACCACUUUCAUAGAUCACAUAUUGCGUUAUCAAGAUGACCCCAAUGUCCAAAUGAUCGUCCUUCUUGGAGAGGUUGGUGGUGUAGAAGAAUAUCAAAUUGUGAGAGCCAUAAAAAGUGGACGCAUCUCCAAGCCUGUAAUUGCCUGGUGCAUUGGUACAUGUGCCAAAAUGUUUACUUCUGAGGUCCAGUUUGGUCAUGCUGGUUCCUGUGCCAAUGCUGCCGAUGAGACAGCAGAUGCCAAGAACAAAGCCUUGAAGGAAGCAGGAGCCAUUGUACCUCACAGUUUUGAUGAACUAGGAGAUGCUAUCCGGGAAGUAUACAACAAACUUGUGGCUGAUGGAAUCAUCAUUCCACGACCUGAAGUUACCCCACCUACUGUUCCCAUGGACUUCAACUGGGCUAGAGAGCUUGGUUUGAUUCGGAAGCCUGCAUCCUUCAUGACUAGCAUUUGCGAUGAACGAGGACAAGAGCUGCUGUAUGCUGGUAUUCCUAUCACAGACAUUUUUAAGGAGGACAUGGGCAUUGGUGGAGUGCUCUCUCUUCUUUGGUUCCAGCGCAGGCUUCCCCGCUAUGCCACCAAAUUUAUUGAGAUGUGUUUGAUGGUAACGGCUGAUCAUGGACCAGCUGUUUCGGGAGCCCACAACACAAUUGUGUGUGCACGUGCUGGAAAGGACCUUAUUUCUUGCUUGGCUUCAGGUCUUCUCACCAUUGGUGACAGGUUUGGAGGAGCACUAGAUGCAGCAGCCAGACAGUUUUCGGAAGCAUAUGACAAGGGGCAGAUCCCAAUGGAGUUUGUUAAUGACAUGCGCAAGAAGGGCAAGCUGAUCAUGGGCAUAGGUCACCGAGUCAAAUCACUAAACAACCCAGACAUGCGUGUUGUCAUCUUGAAGGAGUAUGCUCAGAAACAUUUCCCAGCUACACCACUCCUCAACUAUGCCCUUGAAGUUGAAAAGAUCACUACCUCCAAGAAACCUAACUUGAUACUAAACGUUGAUGGCUUCAUUGGAGUUGGUUUUGUUGACUUGUUGAGGAACUGUGGAUGCUUCACGCGGGAAGAAGCUCAGGAAUACGUUGAGAUGGGGGCACUCAAUGCUCUUUUUGUACUGGGUCGCAGCAUGGGCUUCAUUGGCCACUACCUUGACCAGAAGAGACUGAAACAGGGUCUGUAUCGCCACCCAUGGGAUGACAUCUCUUACAUUAUGCCUGACAGCAUGGAACAACAGUAAAAAAGACCAAAACAUCCAUCUCUCUUGGGCACUGAUGUCAUUCCAUGCAUGACAGUGUUGGAUUCUCAGCUGUCAGUGGGACUUAAUGUUUGUUCUCAAUCAUUCCAUGAGAAUGUAAGACCAGCAGCAUUUGCCUAUUCUUCCUCUGAUUUAUCUGACCCUUGAAAAUGAUAUUAAGGCUGGCUAUAGUGAAUGAGAAGGUUGUGAAUAGCAUUUUAUGUCUUCACAGGGUUCCUUUAAUCAGCGCAGACAAUUUUGGAAUGGUAAUUUGUAUUUUGGUCCUUUUUUUUUUUUUAAAUCAAUUUUUUUAUAUAUAUAUAGGAGGGAAAUGUGUUCUUGUUAAUACCCUCAAUCCAAGAUACUUUAGUCCACUGUUCACAUUUUUGGCUACAGGUUGAUGAUAAUGAAACUGUUUUGUAAUAUGCAAUAACCACUAUCACUUGUAUCAUUUUCUAGUUGAGGCAACCUGUCACUUGUGAUGUGCUUUAACUGAUUUAGUUCAGCAACCUUAAAAUAUUCUCAUUGAUGUAUACAUAUCGCAAUCAUGCAGUGACAUUCAGGGUGGGUGGUUUUACUAAUGGUUUGUUGGUUUUGUUUGGUUUUUUUUUUUUUUUUCAUUUCAUUACAUGUUCAUUGAGUGAAGGCUUCUUUAAGCAUGAAAUUUAUAGUUGUUUAGAUGUUGCAGUGUGUUUCAAAGUAAUUAUUGAUCUGGGAAGUAACUUGAUAUGAUGAAUGUGUCUGUGCGUGUGCCUGCUGAUAUUGCAAAUGCUGACCAGCCACAUUUUCAUAUCCUUUUACAGCAUAGACAUUAAAACAGCUUCUUCCUCAUUCUGCAUUGUCUAGUAAAUUCUCAAGUAGACCUGUUUAACAAGUAGCUCUAAUGAAGUUCAUGGAGCUUUUGUCUGCCAUUUAGUAAAAUUAUGUCCUAGGCCAGACUAAGCUCUUGACUCAUACAGUCUUAAGUUCUCUCAUUAUAAUUCUGUGUCUUUUGCAUCAGCAGUUUGUUGUUCAGAAGAGAGUGGUUUGAUUAAACUGUCUGAAAAUAUUUCAGUGUUUUGAGCUUUUAAGUUAAACAAAACCACAUUGUUAUGCUCUAGUCUUCGUAGAUAUUUAUAUGGAAAUUUUGUUUACGAAAAAAAGAUCAGCACCACUGUGGAUUAGUUUAUGGUACAUAUUAGUGAUGUAUGAUGCACACUUCGAGCCAAACAGAUCUUUGUAUAUUUACACCAUUCACUGUCAACUGGUGGGUUUGCCGAUGACAAAAUAAAAAGUUAAGUAUUGCAAGAGGGUUUUAAUUAGCUGAUUGAUGUUGUAUUAUCAAAUUGGGAAACAAGUAAACAUGCUAAAACAAG